ACAUUGAAGCGAAAUUGUUGUUGUUUGGUAGCUUUUUGUUGAUAUCUGCAGACAAGGAUUCGGCUUGAUGAUUCGCACAUUUCGAUUGUCGUUAUCUCUCGUGGUUGGCUGUUUGUGUCUGUCGAAAGCUACUUUUUCGUUCAGUUCAACUGGUUGAUCUUGCGCUAGUGCUCGAAGAUACUUUCGUUUUUUUUUAAUUUGUAUAAUUAAAACAUGAAGAAGUUCAGCUUGAUAGUCGCAGUUUGUGCCAAUGGUGGAAUUGGCAUCAAAGGAGAUCUGCCGUGGAGAUUGAGGCAGGAGUUGAAAUACUUUUCUAGAAUGACGAAGAAGAUCACUGACACAAGCAAACGCAAUGCCAUUAUCAUGGGCCGGAAGACUUACUUCGGUGUACCUGAGUCGAAACGGCCUUUGCCAGAGAGACUGAACAUUAUUCUAACUCGAGAUCCCAGUGCCAAUACUUACCCAUCUGAUGUGAUGGUGUGCAAAAGCAUGCAAGAAGCACUGACAAAGCUAGAUGAAUCUCCGCUGGCAAAUGAAAUCGAAAACAUUUGGAUUGUCGGCGGCAAUGCAGUCUACAAAGAAGCAAUGCAGUCUGAGAGAUGCCACCGUAUCUAUCUGACGGAAAUCAAGGAGACGUACGAAUGUGACGCAUUCUUCCCGGAAAUCAAUAGCGAGUUUCAACUGGUGAAGAACGAUGAUGAUGUUCCUGAGGAGAUCCAAGAGGAAAACGGAAUUCAGUACCAGUACCGCAUUUAUGAAAAACUUUCUAAAUGAUCAUCGCAACAUGUUAUUAAUCAUUGUUAUAUUCAUUCCACUAACAUAAUAGUGACAAAUAUGCCCUAGGCAAAAGCCACGUUAAUAAAAAUGAUAAUUACGAAUAGACUAA